AUGCUGCGAAACCCACAAAGGGAGUACGAGGACCGUUCCUCUGCUUCCUUGGUCAGCCGUAUGGCCAGAUAUCGCAGACCUAACAACGCAUCUUCCAGCAACGCAUCUUCUAGCAAUCCAUCUUCCAGCAAUCCAUCUUCCAGCAAUCCAUCUUCCAGCAAUCCAUCUCCCUUUCCAUCUCCCUUACCGCCAAACGAUAAGUCGCCUACGCUACACUCUAACAAGCACGCUUAUCUUUCGCCCGAGGAGAGACGCCAUGCCGACUUUGUCUCGUCCGAACCUUCCACAUCGCCGCAUUCAAGCCAUGCCGCCUCACCAAACAUCGACUACGAUCGAGAGCUUCCCGAUUUGCCGCCUGACGCUCUAUCCGAGCUCAGCAGCACUAAGCCCGCCACUCGAGACAACACAAGAGGUGACGAUGAGGUCCGCUCCCGCCAUCUCUCCCGGUAUGAGACGCCAUUAGUUUCGCCUGCUCCGAGUGCCUAUUUCACCGCUUCUGCAUCAUCCAGCAAAGCGGAAACGAAUGUCACCACCACUACCACCAACGCCAUGCAAUCGGCGGCGCUCCGCUUUGCAAGCGCCUCUACUUCUGCCGCCGUCUCCGCAGGACUCGGGCUCAAGAAGCUCGGCAAGAAAGCUUCUGCCGCGCGUCUACGUCGUCCAAAUACUGCCCAACAGGCACAAAAACGCCAAGCAAGCUACGUCGCCCUUCAGGCAACUCCUCAUAUCGUCGCCUAUUCUCCUCACAGUGCUAGCGAAGAAGCGACACUGUCAGGCCAAAGUGACGCAGAAAUGCACUACGCCUUCUCCAACACCACCAACACCUUUGUGGACCGCGCUGAUCCCGACAUCGGCCUCCCGUACCAUGUCGUUCACAACGUUCACGUUGAUGUUGGUCCCCACGGCUACACAGGUUUACCUUAUUCUUGGGCGCAAGUCCUCCUCUCCGUAGACAUGGAUAUUCAUCAGGACCCGCAGGCAGCUGCCAGAUUCGUACAAGAGCGAACCGAGUACUUCGUCCAGCAUGCCGUUGAGAGUGGUGGCGACGCCGAGGACACGCGUCGUAUCCUUUCGCAACGCCUCGCUGCAGAUGCAGAUCUCAGCGCUGUUCUGGCCUCGGCAACACCGUCUAGACCAAGUCAGCCGAGGCGUGACAGCUCGCAGUCCAAUGCAAGCAGCUCCUACAGCAGCGUCCUCGACAAAGGCUGGGACCUCAGCUCUCCACCCAAGCCUCAAGCUGCCCAACGCUUCUCUCCUCUACCUGCCAAAAGUCCACUUCUGCCGGAUUUCGCUGCCGAGGACUACGACGACUGGGCCGACUCGCUCAUCAACUCCGUCCCUUCCACCGCUAUCGGAAACAGUGGCACAUCGCCGCAAAGCUCUUCUAAAGCUGCCAAGCGAGCUUCGCAUCGUCGAUCAAGAUCGCUGAGCCAAUUGGUCGGUGACAAUUCACUCAACGGACUAGGUAUCGGUAUUGGAGCCGAUGCGACUCCACGGCGUACAGCUCAACGCGAGCAAGACCUGCUGAGUGCGUCCAACGCUACUCCGAAAGCCUCACAUCAUUUGCGCGCUUCGAUCGCUCUCGAUGCAGAAAAUGGUCCUGCCCUCAACCAUCCGAGUCUAUCUUCCAGGAACAUCACCAACAAAUCUGCAGCUACAUUCACAACCGGAAAGCUUAUGCAGAGUGUAGAAGACGAGGUGGAGGAGAGACUCCGCGAAAGUCUCGAUGUGGGAAAUAGGAACAGUGUCAACAUAGAUGACGACGAAGAAGACGUCGAGCACGUUCACAUUGCUCAAGCUGCGAUCGCCACCAAAGGCGUCCUUCGCCCGAUUCGUGCCAGUCAAUUGAGCGCUCCCAAGGUCUCUCCUUCAGCGGGCAGCGUAGACUUUGGCAGUCCGCGCAUGAGUCCCAGCACCAGUAUCUCCGAUCUCCAGGCGCGUUCACCUCGUUCGCCUCGUUCGCCCCGUUCGCCCCGUUCGCCCCGUCACCAUGACACUUCUCGACUACCAUCGUCUCAAUUCGACACGAGGACGUCACACUGCGGCUCUACUGAUUCUUACGCUACCGCGGGUUCGCGUCCAGCCUUUAUAUCACGCAGCAGUUUCUCGAAUGCUCCGCCAAAGAUAUACACUGAAAACGUUUCGACGUUUGCAGACCGCGAAAUCACCAGCUCGCCUCUCGACACCAGCUCCUCCGGUCACUCGUCGAUGCGCAUACGAAGUCCAGCCCUCACCGUAGCCACUUCAUCCAUGGGUCACGGAGGCCAAGGUGCCUAUCCGAAUCGCUCCUCUUCAUCCCCAGGUCUGUCAGUUCGAGACUCGGCGUCGCCAGAGGUGCCUCCCAAGGAUUAUGACUGGAGAUCACGUUCACCUUCUCUCUCCAUCUCCGCUUCGGAAUCCGGUGACGGUGCUCACUCACCGUCCGGGACUCAGGCAGGUUGGCGCUACGGGAAGAGAGGGCCCUCUUCCCCAGAUAGCGCUCACGGGUCUGGACAUUAUACCCAGGAUAGUUGGAAGAGCACAGCGCCAUCCAUCACGUCUUCUGAAGGCAGCCAUAGCGCCAACCGAGGUCUCGGAUUGCGCGAGCGUCGACAAGCCCCACCGAGGAUCUAUCCGCCGUCCACCUCAACGCGAUGGGGACGCAUCUCCCAGAAUGACGAUAGCGCCAGCUUGACGAGUGCAGCUAGCUCGAAUCGGCGCUUGCAACAGUCUCCCAUCAUCAUUGCGCCGAUGCAGAGGAAGGCAUCCGCAGAUAGCCUCAUGAGGCCGGUCUGCAGUCCGAUGAGCGACCGUUCUCACGGCUCGGCAUCUCUCGAACACAGCACUCGUUCGUCGCUUCCAGGGCAUAGUCGGCAUCAUCAUCAGCGGCAACAGCACCCGCCUUCGAGCGCCUCGCCCGUGAAUAUGGACAGUCGUUCGCCUCAUUCUGGCUUCAACUCGCCUGCCGUCAGUCCAGCGCCGCUGUCGGAUCGAGGACGUGGUAGUGUCGGCUCUUUUGCAUCCUCUCGCGACUCCAUGGGGCCUCCUCCGCCUCCUCCACCCAAGCCUGCUGUGGCGAUACGGAAACAGCCCGACUACAUUCUGCCAGGAGCAGAUGGCUUCUACACGAUGCCGUCAAGCAGUGCAGCGACGGGUCGUAGCGACGCAGCAAGCCCUAUAGCAACGCUCCACCAGGAUCAUCUUCGCCCUCCGCCUCUAUCUCCUGCCCUUUCUCCUGCAUCUUCCACAGUGACAUCUGACUACCACGCCGCGAUCGAGGAGUGGAUGCGCGACGAUUACUCAGAUCGUUCUCCAGCAACAACCACCUUCUCGGAAUUCUCGCCAAGUCCAUCAAGCAGCAGCAGCGACUCACCACUCCCACCCUUGCCGAAGGAGGAAGACGAGAUGGAUGCGUCGCAGCGUGCAUCACCCUACCUGCGACGGCCCUCAAAUGCUGGAGCGUUUGGAGCCUCCACAGACUCAUCAGAGACGAUGCAUGCAUCAGACUCCGCAUGGCGAAAGGUCAAGCCUGCAAGCCCAGCGCCAUCAUCUGACGACCCAGCAAAAGCAUCAUCAGCCUUGUCGAACACGUACCAGUCGUCGGGCUUCAGUGCACGUUCGGUGGCCGACGUCCCUCCGCGACUAGAACUGAGCAAAGCGGUCACACGCGCAUCGAGCUUCGAGCCACAAUUCCCCCCGCUUUCGCCUGCCGAAUUCAUGGAGAUGCUGGAUGAUGACCAUCACGGCCCAGAAGAAGCCAGCGAGCAAACCGGAGAAGGCGGUCGUGAUCGGAAGGCGGGAGGAAAAGCUCGAGUGGAUUGCCCACACGAUCGCGACGAUACCAGAUCGAUCAUCUCGAUCGGGCCACGUGCUAAGGACGAUGCUCGUCGCUUCCCCGUCUCAAUGCACUAUGCGAGUGGAUUCGACAUGGCUUCCAUGCUAGGCGACGAUUCCGAGGCGAUUCGCUCUUUUCGCGAAUUGAUGCUGGCUCGACAAUCGAUGGACCUGGAAGAGAUGUUGCCAAUGCAGAUGGGUUUGGAAUCGGCACCGCCCGUGCCCGCCUUGCCUAGUAUGAAGGAACUCGAAGCCAAGGUAGCAGCAGCCGAGCAGAUGCGUUCCGAGGACGCGCGUCAGCGCAAAGCCAUCGCUGAAGCCAAGGACUUGCCCAGCGCUGCAGCCUCGCCAAGUCUCUCGGAAAGCGAGCUGGAAGCAGUGACUUACAAACUGCCGCCGAAACUGUCUCAUCUGAGUGAAGAGAUGGACCUGCAACCAAUGCGCAAGGAUGUGCUGCGCAACAUGGAGAUGAUCGGAGAUGGUGAGAGUGGGCCCGUGUUUGCUGCCAACGAUGUCGUCAAGAAUCGGCGUGUUGCUAUCAAGAUGGUGCAGUUUGCGUCUGACGUCAAUGAAGAGCCCUCAGCCCGACUGUUGGGGCUAGUCAAAGAGGUGCGCGUGUGGCGACGUUGUCGACACGUCAAUGUUCUCGAUCUCUACUCGACGGUUCUGACGGACAACUCGAUCUGGAUUGUUCAGGAGCUAGCGGAACGAAGCUUGGCCGAUGUGAUCGCUUGGAAGGACAGCGGAGUGGAUCUCAACGAGGCGCGGAUGAGCCGCAUCAUGGGCGAUCUGCUCGAUGCGCUCCAGUUCCUGCAUAGCAAGCGUAUCUUGCAUCGAGACGUGCGCUCCGACAAUGUGAUGAUUUCUAGCUCAGGCGUAUGCAAGCUGAGCGACUUCACGCAUGCAGGCGAGCUUGGCGCCGGUGUCAGCACGCGUCACUCUGUCAUCGGCACACCGUACUGGAUGGCGCCCGAGGUGAUCAAGGCUAACAACUACGACAUGCGAUGUGACGUUUGGUCGGUGGGUGUAGUGCUAUGGGAAAUGAUCGAAGGAGAUCCGCCUCGAGUCGACUUCCCACCUCUGCGAGCCAUCACGUUGACAGCUACAUUAGGACUGCCGGCGUUGAAGGACCCAUCGUCGCUAUCGCACGAGCUCAAGUCCUUCCUUCACUGGGCUACGGAGAUGGAUGCCGAGAAGCGACCAAGCGCUGAGACGCUCGCAAUGAGCGACUUCCUUUCGGACCCUUGCAGUCGCGCGAGUAUAGUUGCAAUGCUUGACGAGGCGCGGAAUGCCGAGAGGGAAGCUGCCCGUCUGGAAGCGGCCGACUCUUCCGAGGUUGCAAGCAAAGAUACCGCUAAUGAUACCCAAGAUUUGAUUGGUGGAGCAGGCCGUGGCAUCGGGUUGCGUCAGAGGGACAGCUGGAGCAGCGAUUCGACGACCAAAGGGUGA